AUGGGGGCCAGCCACCACAACUGGGAGGGUGCCCCUCAGCCCUCAAUUAUCCGGCAAGUACUAGAGGGAGUAGUUGUGGGCCAGCUCGCCCAGUGUGACUGGGCGAGGGGCGAGCCCCCCACCCCCCCAGCCCGUGCCCUGAUUGUGAAGCGCUCUAUCAACCGUCAGGGAUAUGACGAAAACGAGGACUCUUCGGACGUGGAAGAGAUCGUGAGUGUCAGGGGUUUCAGCCUGGAGGAGAAACUCCGCAGCCACCACUACCAGGGGAACUUCGUCCGCGUCAUGGACGGGAAAGAUUUCAACUUUGAGUACGUACAAAGAGAAGCCCUCAGAGUGCCUCUGGUCUUCCCAAAUCCCGAUGGACUAGGAAUUAAGAUGCCUGACCCUGAUUUUACCGUUCGAGACGUCAAACUCCUAGUGGGGAGCCGGAGACUGGUGGAUGUGAUGGAUGUCAACAGCCAGAAGGGCACGGAGAUGAGUAUGUCCCAGUUCGUGCGCUACUAUGAGAUGCCCGAGACCCAGCGGGAGAAGUUGUACAACGUCAUCAGCCUUGAGUUCAGCCACACCAAGCUGGAGAACCUGGUCAAGCGGCCCAAUGUGAUCGACUUGGUGGACUGGGUAGACAACAUGUGGCCCCAGCACUUGAAAGAGAAGCAGACGGAGUCUACCAAUCUCAUUGCAGAGAUGAAGUACCCCAAGGUUAAGAAGUAA